GAAUAACGACGGGCAAAGGCGUAAAGAACAGUUUUAAGCCAGUGACUCACGAAACGGUGAAGUAAUCAGGAAGGUUAUAGAUUGAAAAAGUGCGCAUUCUCUCGUGAGCUUAUUGAUCCCGCUAUCAAAUAGUUAAUUUACGCCACACCCAACAGCCAUUUUAGGCUUAAAUUCUUGGUUAUUGGGCGUUAACAACAACUGAAAAAAUGGAUCAAAUAACACCGAAGGAAGUAAGAAUUCUUGAAAAUCCUGAGGACAUUCAAGAACGGCGAGAACAAGUGUUAAGCCGUUAUUCAAAUUUCAAAACCGAAGCUCGCAAUAAGCGAGAUAAGCUCGAAGACUCCCGACGUUUUCAGUAUUUUAAACGUGAUGCGGAUGAGCUCGAAGGUUGGAUUUAUGAGAAAUUACAAGCGGCAUCUGAUGAAAACUACAAAGAUCCAACAAACUUACAAGCGAAAAUUCAAAAACAUCAAGCAUUCGAAGCAGAAGUUGCUGCCCAUUCCAAUGCAAUUGUACUUCUUGACAACACUGGACAUGAGAUGAUAGCCCAACAUCAUUUCUCCAGUGACAUGAUACGUAAACGAUUAGACGAAUUACAUCGACUCUGGGAAUUGCUUUUGUCACGACUUGCUGAGAAAGGUCUUAAACUCCAACAAGCAUUGGUUCUUGUUCAAUUUAUGCGCCAUUGUGAUGAAGUAAUGUUUUGGAUUCAUGAUAAAGAAGCUUUUGUUACUACUGAUGAAUACGGACAUGAUUUAGAGCAUGUUGAAGUACUCCAAAGAAAAUUUGAUGAGUUCCAAAAAGAUGUUGCAAGCCAGGAGUAUCGAGUUACUGAAGUAAACGAACUCGCAGAUAAACUUUUACUCGAUGGUCAUCCCGAACGUGAUACAAUUCUCGCAAGAAAAGAAGAAUUAAAUGAAUCCUGGCAGAGAUUGAAACAACUAGCUAUUUUGCGACAAGAAAAAUUAUUUGGAGCUCAUGAAAUUCAAAGAUUUAAUCGUGAUGCCGAUGAGACUAUGACCUGGAUCGCUGAGAAAGACGUAGUUCUAUCGUCAGAUGAUUUCGGUCGAGAUCUUGCAAGUGUUCAGACUCUUCAACGUAAACAUGAAGGAAUCGAACGUGAUUUAGCAGCUCUUGAAGAUAAAGUGGCUACAUUAAGUGCUGAAGCAGAUCGUUUAGCAGCAAUUCAUCAAGCUGAUCAUUCUAAUCAAAUUCGAGCAAAACGGGCGGAAAUCUUGCAAUCAUGGGAAAGCCUAACAGCUAAAGCUAAAGAACGUCGAUUGAAAUUAGAUGAAUCUUACUAUCUACAUAGAUUCUUGGCUGAUUAUAGAGAUUUAGUGUCUUGGAUGAAUGACAUGAAAGCAAUAAUAUCUGCUGAUGAGCUAGCUAAAGAUGUGGCUGGUGCUGAAGCACUUCUCGAACGUCAUCAAGAACACAAAGGAGAGAUUGAUGCACGAGCUGAUAGUUUUGAUGCUGCUACAGUAGCUGGAAAUCAAUUGCUAGAACGUAAACACUACGCAGCUGAAGAGGUAGCUCGUAAAUUAACAUCAUUAGCCGAAGAUAAAGCAUCAUUACUCGAACUUUGGGAACAAAGGCGUAUUCUGUAUGAGCAAUGUAUGGAUCUUCAACUCUUCUAUCGUGAUACUGAACAAGCCGAUGCUUGGAUGGCUAAACAAGAAGCAUUUUUAGCCAAUGAAGAUUUAGGAGACUCUCUCGACAGUGUUGAAGCUUUAAUUAAGAAACAUGAGGACUUUGAUAAGUCUCUUGCUGCUCAAGAGGAGAAAAUUAAGGCUUUAGAUGAAUUUGCUGGCAAACUAAUUGAAGGUGAACAUUAUGCAGCUGAUGAUGUAGCUCAACGUCGUCAACUUCUGCUUGACAGACGUAUUGUUCUCUUUGAGAAAUCAGCUCAAAGACGUCAACGACUUGAAGAUGCUUAUAAACUUCAGCAGUUCGAACGGGAUUGUGAUGAAACAAAAGGAUGGGUCAAUGAAAAAUUAAAGUUUGCUACUGAUGACAGCUAUCUUGAUCCUACCAACUUGAAUGGAAAAGUACAGAAACAUCAGAACUUUGAGCAAGAACUAAAUGCCAAUAAAACUCGAAUGGAAGAAUUGGUAUCCAACGGACAAGAUUUAAUUGAUUCUAAUCAUUAUGCAAGUGAUCGUAUUCGUUCCCGUAUCGAUGAAAUCGUGACUUUAUGGGAGAGCCUUGCUAAAGCUACUGAGAAGAAAGGUACUAAACUUCAAGAAGCUUCUCAACAACAGCAAUUCAAUCGCACUGUUGAAGAUAUUGAACUUUGGUUAUCAGAAGUUGAGGGUCAAUUGAUGUCAGAAGAUUAUGGCAAGGACUUGACGAGUGUACAAAAUCUUCAGAAAAAGCAUGCUCUUUUGGAAGCUGAUGUCGCUUCUCAUGCUGAUAGAAUUGAUGCUAUUGCUCAGGCAGCUGAACAAUUUGUUAGUACAGGACAUUUUGAUGCUGAAAAUAUUAAAACGAAGCAGCAACAACUUCAAGCUCGUUACUCAGCAUUACAACGACCAAUGAGUAUCAGAAAACAACGGCUAUUAGAUUCACUACAAGUACAACAAUUAUUCCGAGACAUUGAAGAUGAAGAAGCAUGGAUUCGUGAAAAAGAACCUGUAGCAGCAAGUACAAAUCGUGGUCGUGAUUUAAUUGGAGUACAGAAUUUGCAGAAAAAACAUCAAGCUGUAUUAGCUGAAAUAAAUAAUCAUGAACCCAGAGUAGCUGCUGUUUGUCAAGCAGGCUCAAGAAUGCUUGAAGAAGGACAUUUUGCUGCAGAAGAAAUUAGUCAACGUUUGUCAGCUCUUGAUGAACAUUGGGGACAAUUGAAAGAGAAAGCUCGACAACGUAAAGUAGACUUGGACGAUUCUCUCCAAGCUCAUCAAUAUUUCGCUGAUGCUAAUGAAGCUGAAUCAUGGAUGAAAGAAAAGAGACCAAUUGUUCUCAAUGCCGAUUACGGCAAGGAUGAAGAUAGUUCUGAAGCAUUAUUGAAGAAACAUGAAGCUCUGGUAAGUGAUUUAGAGGCGUUUGCUAGCACAAUUGCUGCUUUACGAGAACAAGCAUCGGCUUGUAGACAACAAGAAACUCCUACAGUUGAAAUUGCCGGAAAAGAAUGUGUUGUAGCACUUUAUGAUUAUGCUGAAAAAUCGCCCAGAGAAGUGUCCAUGAAAAAAGGCGACACUUUGACUCUUCUGAAUUCUAACAACAAAGACUGGUGGAAAGUUGAAGUUAAUGAUAGACAAGGCUUUGUUCCUGCUGCUUAUGUAAAACGUGUUGAGCCUGAGGCUGGUUUAAGUGCUUCUCAGCAAAAUUUAGCUCGUGAGCAGAGUUCCAUCGCCGCUAGACAAGCACAAAUUCAAGCUCAAUAUGAUGAUUUAAUUCAGCUUGCUCGAGAACGUCAGAAUAAAUUAAAUGAAACCGCAAAAGCUUAUGUAUUAGUCAGAGAAGCUGCAGAAUUAGCUACCUGGAUUAAAGAUAAAGAAAAUCAUGCUCAAGUUCAAGAUGUCGGUGAAGAUUUAGAACAAGUUGAGGUAAUGCAAAAGAAAUUCGAUGACUUCCAAGCUGACCUGAAAGCAAAUGAGGUCCGACUUGCAGAAAUGAAUGAGAUAGCAGUUCAAUUAAUGAGUUUGGGUCAAACAGAGGCUGCUUUAAAAAUUCAAACCCAAAUUCAAGAUUUAAAUGAAAAGUGGACCAGCUUACAAACUCUCACAGCUGAACGAGCUAGUCAACUUGGAUCAGCUCAUGAAGUUCAACGUUUCCAUCGUGAUGUUGAUGAAACCAAAGAUUGGAUUCGUGAGAAAGAUGCAGCCCUUAAUAAUGACGAUCUUGGUAAAGAUUUAAGAAGUGUUCAAGCACUUCAACGUAAGCAUGAGGGUUUGGAAAGAGAUUUAGCGGCAUUAGGAGAUAAAAUCAAACAAUUAGAUGAAACUGCAAAUCGUUUAAUGCAAUCACAUCCUGAUACAGCUGAGCAAACUUAUGUUAAACAAAAAGAAAUUAAUGAAGAAUGGACUCAACUUACUGCUAAAGCUAAUUCAAGAAAAGAAAAACUCCUUGAUUCUUAUGAUUUACAACGUUUCUUGAGUGAUUAUCGUGAUCUUAUGGCUUGGAUUAAUUCUAUGAUGGGUCUCGUUGCUUCGGAAGAAUUAGCUUCUGAUGUCACUGGCGCUGAAGCUUUACUCGAACGUCAUCAAGAACACAGAACCGAAAUCGAUGCUCGUGCUGGAACUUUCCAAGCAUUCGAAUUAUUUGGACAACAACUUUUACAGUCCAGUCACUAUGCAAGCAUUGAAAUUCAAGAAAAAUUGGAAUCAAUGGCUGAAGCUAGACAAGAAUUAGAAAAAGCUUGGAUUCAAAGACGUAUGCAAUUGGAUCAAAAUCUUGAACUUCAAUUAUUCUGCAGAGAUUGCGAACAAGCUGAAAAUUGGAUGAGUGCCCGAGAAGCAUUUUUAAGUAGUGCUGAUACUGUGGACAGCAGUGAUAAUGUCGAAGCAUUAAUAAAAAAACACGAAGAUUUUGACAAGGCAAUCAAUGCUCAUGAAGAGAAAAUUGCUGCACUUCAAACAUUAGCUGAUCAAUUAAUAGCUGCUGAACAUUAUGCUGCUAAGCCAAUUGAUGAUCGUCGCUGUCAAGUGCUUGAUCGUUGGAGACAUCUUAAAGAUGCUCUUAUUGAAAAGAGAUCAAGAUUAGGAGAAUCUCAAACUCUACAACAAUUCUCUCGAGAUGCUGAUGAGAUGGAAAAUUGGAUUGCUGAGAAAUUGCAGCUUGCCACUGAAGAAAAUUACAAAGAUCCCGCUAAUAUUCAAUCUAAGCAUCAAAAGCACCAAGCAUUUGAAGCUGAAUUGGCUGCCAAUGCCGAUCGUAUUCAAUCAGUGUUGGCAAUGGGUGGAAAUCUGAUUGAAAAACAUCAAUGUGCUGGAUCUGAAGACGCUGUUCAGAAACGAUUAGCUUCUAUUGCUGAUCAAUGGGAAUAUCUAACCCAGAAGACUACUGAGAAAUCGUUGAAAUUAAAAGAAGCUAACAAACAACGUACAUAUAUUGCUGCAGUGAAAGACUUAGAUUUCUGGCUGGGAGAAGUUGAAAGUUUAUUGACCACAGAAGAUGCUGGUAAAGAUCUUGCAUCUGUUCAGAAUCUAAUGAAAAAACAUCAAUUGGUUGAAGCUGACAUUCAAGCCCAUGAAGAAAGAAUUAAAGAUAUGAAUGCACAAGCAGAUUCUUUGAUUGAAAGUGGACAAUUCGAUGCUGCUGGUAUUCAGGAAAAACGUCAAAGCAUUAACGAACGCUAUGAAAGAAUUCGAAACUUGGCUGCACAUAGACAAGCACGAUUAAAUGAAGCCAAUACCCUUCAUCAAUUCUUCCGAGAUAUUGCUGAUGAAGAAUCAUGGAUUAAAGAGAAAAAAUUACUUGUUGGCUCUGAUGACUACGGUCGUGACCUAACUGGAGUUCAAAACUUGAAGAAAAAACAUAAGAGAUUAGAAGCAGAACUCGCAAGUCAUGAACCAGCUAUUCAAGCAGUUCAAGAAGCUGGAGAAAAAUUAAUGGAUGUCUCUAACCUUGGUGUCCCAGAAAUUGAACAACGUUUGAAACUUUUGAAUCAAGCUUGGGCUGAAUUGAAACAAUUGGCAGCUACUAGAGGUCAAAAACUUGAUGAAUCAUUGACUUAUCAACAAUUUUUAGCUAAAGUUGAAGAAGAAGAAGCAUGGAUUACUGAGAAACAACAACUUCUAUCUGUUGAAGAUUACGGAGAUACUAUGGCAGCUGUUCAAGGAUUGUUGAAAAAGCAUGAAGCAUUUGAAACUGACUUUGCAGCUCAUGGAGAACGCUGUAAGGAUAUUUGUGAAGCUGGUGAGGCUUUGAUCAAAGCAGGAAAUCAUCGUGCUGAUGCUAUUAGUCAACGUUGUAAUCAAUUACGUAAUAAACUCGAACAACUUGGUGCUUUGGCCUCUAAGAGGAAGACUCGUCUCAACGAUAACUCAGCUUACUUACAAUUUAUGUGGAAAGCUGAUGUUGUUGAGUCAUGGAUCGCUGAUAAGGAGACUCACGUUCGUUCUGAAGAGUUUGGUCGUGAUUUAUCUACUGUUCAAACUUUGCUUACCAAGCAGGAAACAUUUGAUGCUGGUUUGCAUGCAUUUGAACACGAGGGAAUACAAAACAUUACAAGUUUGAAGGAGAGACUUGUUGAUUCUGGUCAUGACCAAGCUGCAAGUAUCCAAAAACGUCAUGCUGAUGUUAUCACUCGUUGGCAGAAACUUCUAGCUGAUUCAGAUGCGCGGAAACAACGCCUUCUUCGUAUGCAAGAUCAAUUUAGACAGAUUGAAGAGCUUUAUCUUACGUUCGCCAAGAAAGCAUCAGCAUUUAAUUCAUGGUUUGAAAAUGCUGAAGAAGAUUUAACUGAUCCUGUUCGUUGUAAUAGCAUCGAGGAAAUUCGGGCACUUCGUGAAGCUCAUGCACAAUUCCAAGCCAGUCUUUCAUCAGCUGAAGCUGAUUUCCAAGCUCUUGCUGCUCUUGAUCGUCAGAUUAAGAGUUUCAAUGUUGGACCUAAUCCUUACACUUGGUUUACCAUGGAAGCACUUGAAGAUACGUGGCGUAAUUUACAGAAGAUAAUUAAAGAACGUGACGUGGAACUUGCUAAAGAAGCCACACGUCAAGAAGAGAAUGAUAAAUUAAGAAAGGAGUUUGCUAAACAUGCUAAUGCAUUCCAUCAGUGGUUAGCAGAGACCAGAACUUCCAUGAUGGAAGGCUCUGGAUCUUUAGAACAACAACUUGAAGCCACUAAGAGGAAAACUCAAGAAGUUCGGGCACGCCGUCAAGAUCUCAAGAAAAUUGAAGAUUUAGGAGCAAUUCUUGAGGAACAUUUAAUUCUGGACAAUCGUUACACUGAGCACAGUACUGUUGGUUUAGCACAACAAUGGGAUCAACUGGAUCAGCUCGGAAUGCGUAUGCAGCAUAAUUUAGAACAGCAGAUACAAGCGCGAAAUCAAUCUGGUGUAUCCGAAGAUGCUCUUAAAGAGUUCUCAAUGAUGUUCAAGCACUUUGAUAAAGAUAAGAGUGGACGUUUGAAUCACCAAGAAUUCAAGUCAUGUCUAAGAGCUCUUGGAUAUGAUUUGCCGAUGGUGGAAGAAGGCCAACCUGACCCAGAGUUUGAGAAUAUUCUUGACGUCGUUGAUCCAAAUCGCGACGGUUAUGUGUCUCUACAAGAAUAUAUGGCCUUUAUGAUAAGUAAAGAAACCGAAAACGUUCAAAGUUCAGAAGAAAUUGAGAAUGCCUUUAGAGCUAUCACCGCUGCCGAUCGGCCUUAUGUCACUAAAGAGGAACUUUAUGCUAACCUUACUAAAGAAAUGGCUGAUUACUGUGUGGCUCGUAUGAAACCUUAUGUUGAUCCGAAAACCGAGCGACCUAUAACAGCAGCAUUGGAUUAUAUAGAUUUUACUCGCACGCUUUUUCAAAAUUAAUUAAUUAUUAUUGAAAAAUUUUAUCUAUCUUAUUCACCUAAUUAACAAUUUAUUAAAACUUUAUAUCUAUUAUUAUGAUCAAGAAAAUUCUUGUAAUAUUGCUUAUUCUUUUUGAUGAAUAAAUCACUGCUGUCAAAGAUUACUUCAGUUAAUAAAUGCAAGCCUUCGAUGAAAA